AUGGACGACGCUGACAAUAACGUCGUAGGGGACUUGUUCUGCCAAAAUGGGGAGGACAACGGAUACGAUCCGGAGGACUACGUGCAAACGAUUGAUGUGGGACAAUUGAUGCCCCACUUCCACAUCUCCGUGGCCGAUGACGACGGUGGCAUACCCGGCUCACUCUUUGCCUGCAACGUCUGGAACGGAGCGCGGUGUGUUGCUAUGUAUUUUGCAAAACAUUCGGAUUUGGUAAAAGGUCGAAACGUCGUCGAGUUCGGCGCAGCGUCGGCGUUACCGUCGCUCGUGGCGCUGCAUUUGGGCGCCAAAGUGGCUGUCAUGACUGAUUACCCGAACGAGUUGCUGCUGAACAACAUCGAGGCGAAUGUCCGACGUAAUGAGCACCUUCUAGGCACAGGAAAACGUGCAGUGCGUGGGCAUUUGUGGGGCAGUGACACAGUGGGGAUACUGAAAUGCCUUGUGGAAUUGCCACGUGUGGAGGUUUCCCAACCAAGUGCCUCGACGUCCGAACGUGCUGUCGGCUCAAUUGAUCACCGCUUUGACGUUGCAGUUGUUGCAGAGUGUCUCUGGCUGCAUCACUUGCAUGAGGAUUUGCUUCGAUCUAUCGACUCGUGCAUGGCACCUGACGCACAGGUGUAUGUGAGCUUCGCGCAUCAUGUGCCAGGGCAUGAACAGAACGACUUGUCGUUUUUUACGAAGGCGAAGGAUCUGUACGGAUUCAAUGCCACCCAUCUGGAUACGCUAGCCUCACCGCACGUCUUCAAUAAGGACUUGAUCGUCGACCAGUACCUGUACGUGCUCACUCGAUCCUGA